AAAAUCUGCCAUGUGAACUCCAGAGGAACUUCCAGCUGAUGCGGGAACUGGAUCAGAGAACAGAAGAUAAGAAAGCAGAGAUCGACAUCCUGGCUGCUGAGUACAUCUCCACCGUGAAGACUCUGUCCCCCGAGCAGCGGGUGGAGCACUUGCAGAAGAUCCAGACCGCCUACAGCAAGUGUAAAGAAUACAGCGAUGACAAGGUGCAGCUGGCCAUGCAGACCUAUGAGAUGGUGGACAAACACAUCCGCCGGCUUGAUGCAGACCUGGCACGCUUCGAAGCUGAUCUGAAGGAGAAGAUGGAAGGCAGCGACCUGGAGAGCUCAGGAGGAAGAGGCUUGAAAAAGGGCCGGGGGCAGAAGGAGAAAAGAGGCUCCCGGGGCCGGGGGAGACGCACGUCAGAGGAAGACACUCCGAAGAAGAAAAAACUCAAAGGAGGGUCGGAGUUCGCUGAAACCAUUCUGUCGGUGCACCCCUCUGACGUCCUGGAUAUGCCUGUGGACCCCAAUGAGCCGACCUACUGCCUGUGCCACCAGGUGUCCUACGGAGAGAUGAUUGGCUGCGACAACCCCGACUGUCCGAUCGAAUGGUUUCACUUUGCUUGUGUGGAUCUCACCACGAAGCCCAAAGGGAAAUGGUUUUGUCCACGCUGUGUUCAGGAGAAGAGAAAGAAGAAAUAAGGGAGAAUCAGAAGCAGCAGUUAAUAUAUUCCUUCCUUCCCGUUGUAAUAGCUUAUCUUUGUUUUUAAACUACCUUCUCGUUUGGGUCUGGUAUUGAAUUCUCCAAUGGCCAGUUGUAAUUCUUGGUAUUUCAAGACAAAAAGCAGAAAACCAGCUCUCCCGAACGGGGAGAGACUCUUGGGUCACUUUGCCACAGGGACUUUCUUCUCUUCACUUCUUACGUGGACUUCC